CAUUCGAAUAGUACCACAUCAUCCUAAACAACAAAAUCGUUUGUUGUUUUUCAAAUAAUGAAAAUAAGUGGUCCUGUGAUCAACAAAGAAUAUAUAAAUCAGUACUUAGCAGCACUAACAGGAUGUAUAACAAUUCUUUGCACUGGCAUGCAGUACGGCUGGGCAGCACCAUCGCUGCCACAACUACUCUCGAAGGACUCUCAUAUUCCAACGACUAGCUCCGAUGGUGCAUGGGUUGCAGCCAUGUCGGUGCUGGGCAACAUACCAGGCUCUCUAAUAGGCGGCUACAUCGUGGACAAAAUCGGAAGGAAAUACACCAUCCUACUGACAUCACCGAUCUACUUCACCACUUGGCUGAUCAUCGCCUUCGCCAGGUCUUUGUGGGUGCUGAACGCGGGAAGGUUGUGCGCCGGAAUGGCGGACGGGUUGAUAUUCACCGCCUUUCCCAUGUACAUGGGUGAAAUCUCGCAUCCCAAUAUUAGAGGACUUCUAGGUUCUUUCAUACAAGUAUCCAUGGUGUUGGGGUCACUUCUGAUUAACAUCGUGGGGUCACACUUCAACAUAGAGCAUACCGCCCUCAUCAUGUCAAUAGUGCCCGUCUUACAUUUCGUUACUUUCUGCUGGAUGCCGGAGAGCCCGUACUUCCUUCUAAUGACAGACCAAGGGGAGCUAGCCAGGAAGAGCUUGCAAAAGCUGCACAACACCGAGGACGUUACCAAAGAGUUAAUAAGGGUUGAAGAUGCCGUGUCCAAAGGCAAGAACGCCAACGGGAAGUUUUGGCACCUAUUUACCGUACCUAGUAAUAGGAAAGCAAUGUACAUAGUCUUUGGCUUAAGGUGCAUCCAGCAGCUGUGUGGAAUCACCGCCAUAAUGUUUUACGUUAAAAUCAUAUUCAAGGAAGCUAAAACAGACAUUUCGGCCACAAUGUCCACCAUAAUUUAUUUCACCAUUCAAUUGGUGCUGUCCAUAGUUUCUUCUGCUUUGGUGGACAAAGCAGGAAGGAAACCUUUGUUAUUAAUGUCCAUAAUAGGUUCAGCCAUUAUGUUGGCUUUGGAAGGAAUCUACUUCUACGUAGAAAAAGAAACAACUUUGGACACCAGCAGUGUAACGUACUUACCACUGAUUGCCAUGUUAGGAUUUUGUAUAGCUUUCAAUUUUGGCAUGGGGACCAUUCCAACUCUUUUCCUAGGGGAGUUCUUCCCUACAGAUGUUAAAGCUUUCGCUCUCUGCCUAAUAGACAUAUUUGCAUGUUUCUUGGCCGCCCUAACAUCAAAAUGCUUCCAAUUUAUGAACGACCAUUUUGGACUUUACUCGCCAUUCUUCUUUUUCACCUCGUGUUGCAUUUUAGGACUGGUGUUCAUUUUGUUAAUUGUACCAGAGACCAAAGGUAAAACUCUGGAAGACAUUCAAAGGGAGUUGAAGGGGGAGAGAAAUGAUGUAGCUUAAAUUAUUAUUUAUUAAAGACUGUAC